AACCUGAAGCCCAGCCAAUUGGCACUUGUGAUGGAUGCAGAUUGGCCAAUGUUUUUUUAAUUGGCACAAUCUCAGGCGACACACAUUUCGGUGUCUAUUGGUUCUGUAAAUAAUAUUUAUUCCUCUCGCUAUAAGGGCUGCUUCGUUUGUCUGUCAGUAUUUAAUAGUAUAGUCUAAGAGUCGUUCAGAAAAAUAGUUAUCUACAUUAAAUGCCGUAGAUACCAUGCUCUGUGUUGCAUGGUGGCAGCUAGCUAGCCAGCAAUACUAGCUACUUUGGCUAGCUAAUUUCGAGGCUGUCAUAUCAGUUCUCAGCUGGUUUGCUAUCAACAAACUAGCCAGUUAAUUGUACAAACGUAUCAAAACCUCAGCUACUAAAGGACAGCAUUGGAAUGAGCAGGUGACAUGACACUCCAGCACCGAACUGACGUUUGAAUAAGGUCCUUCGAAGUACAUUGAGGCAUGCAGGCAGACAGUUGAGACCGUUAUGAGGGCACCCCAGGCCAGCAGGAGCCUGUGAGCGACCAUAACACCCUCUCUGUCUACUCUCUAACCAGACAAACUUCCCUUCAGGUGGUAGGCCUAGUUUCUCUCACCCUUGCUAUGCCCUUGUCACUGCUUUGGGGAUAGAGGAACGGCCAUAAAGGGAAGCGAGAGGGGCUUCAUAUUGGGUUAGUUAGACAGGCGGACCCUGUAUUUCCCCCUGCUAUGCCCCAGCUGCCCCAGCCCCUAAAGCCAUGAGCUCUGCCCUGUGGAGCCAGGAGAAGUCCAGUGGAGGAUUCAGGGAGGACUGGCGCUUCUACAUGGUGGUCAGGGAGUGUACAGUGGAGAAGCCUCCCCAGAAGACCCAGAGGAUACCCCGGGGCAGCCUGGGACAGGCCUGCCAGGAGAGGAACAGCCUGGGGCGCACGCUACCCCCCAGCAAGGGCAAGAGGAGCCUACGUGUCCUGGACCAGACCAACGUGGUGCUGAGCCUGGAUGAGCGGGACGUCCUGGAGCUGGAUGAGAAGCUAGCUGAGCUGCUGUUCCCCAUCACCAACUGUGAGGAGCGCUAUGCCCUGCUGUGCAACAAGCCCCGGCUAGAGCGGGCCAGAGACAUCGACUGUGGCUCCAAGGUGCGCGUGCAGCUGCGUUCGGGGGAUGAACCUUUGCCUGGGGUAGUCCGAUUUAAAGGAUCUCUUCUCCCAGACAGGGCUCUCUCCGGGGUCUGGUUUGGAGUGGAGCUGCUGGAGGAGGGCAGAGGCCAGGGCUUCACAGAGGGCUCCUACCAGGGCCGACAGCUGUUCCGCUGUGAGGAUGAGUGCGGGGUGUUCGUGGCCCUGGACAAGCUGGAGCUGUGGGAUGACGAGGAAGAGGAGCUGGGAGAGCUAGAGGUGGAUCACGUCACCCUGGUGGAGGAGGAGAUGGAUUUCCAUCAGCUGGAGAUCAACUCCAGGGUCCUGGUCCAGACCAGAGAGGGACCGGAGAGAGGAACCAUCAUCUUCUGUGACCUGCUGCCUGGGAACGAGAGCCUGGGGUACUAUGUGGGAGUAGACAUGGACAAUCCUAUUGGGGACUGGGAUGGUGUUAUCGACGGGAAGCUGCUAUGUAAUUUUGCCAGUCUGGAACACACCCGUCUAGUGCCCAUCUGUGACGUAAUGCCAGAGUACUCCAUGCAGGACCAGAGGCUGCAGAAGCACAGUUUUACCCCCAGAGGCAGCAGCAGUGACAAGUCCUCCUCUGGCCAAAGCAAACCAAAGAGCAAAGGCUUAGGUCUUCAGUGUGGGAGUAGAAGCAAGUCAGAGUUUUAUUAUACUUUAAAUGGCAGCUCUGUUGACCACCCAGUCCAGGCCAAAUCCAAAAGCACAUGGUACAUUGAUGAAGUCGGAGAGGACCCUGCCAAGUCCCUCACAGACACGCCCCCUGACUUCAAUGAAGCCMCACCUCCUACCAGGGCCCCGCCCUCUGCUUCCUUGUCCAAUGACAACAAGUUCCACUCCCUGCCCUUCAGCCUGAGCCGUAAGACAGGGCCCAAUGGCAGCAUGAGCCAUGGACCCCUCUCCCUCUCCGUGCAGUCAGUGAUGGGAGAGCAGAUGCAGAUGCCAGAGCCCCCGUCCCCUACCCCUCCCUCUCCGCGGCCCCCCUCACCCCCCAGCUCUCGCGGGGGUGGGGGUGUGCCUGGUCUGGAGGUGGGGUCCCUGGUGGAGGUGAAAGAGAACCCGCCCCUGUGUGGGGUUAUCCGCUGGGUGGGGCUGCCCCCGGGACUACCAGAGCCACUGGCUGGCCUGGAGCUGGAGGAGGAGUGUGUUGGCUGUACAGACGGCACCUUUCAAGGUACCCGCUACUUCAGCUGCGCGCCCAAGAAGGCCCUGUUUGUGAAGCUGAAAUGCUGCCGGCCUGACUCCCGUUUCCCCUCCCUACACCACUCCUCCAACCCCAUAGAGAGAUGCAACUCUAUUGCUUUCGGCGGUUAUCUGAGUGAGGUGGUGCAUGAGAACACUCCUCCACGCACUGAGAAUGACGGUCUAGACAUCAUGGUGGGCAAGAAGAAAGGUAUCCAGGGACACUACAACUCCUGCUACCUGGACUCCACACUCUUCUGCCUGUUUUCCUUCAGCUCAGUCCUGGACACAGUUCUGUUGAGGCCGAGGUCCAAGACUGACGUAGAGUAUUACCGAGAGACACAGGAGCUGCUACGCACAGAGAUAGUCAACCCCCUGCGCAUACAUGGCUAUGUGUGUGCCACUAAAGUGAUGAAGCUCAGAAGGAUACUGGAGAAGGUAGAAGCUGCCUCAGGGUUCACGUCUGAAGAAAAAGAUCCUGAGGAGUUCCUCAAUAUUUUGUUCCAUCACAUAUUGAGGGUGGACCCCUUACUCAAGCUGAGAUCGGCAGGUCAGAAGGUUCAGGACUGUUACUUCUACCAGAUCUUCAUGGAUAAGAAGGACAAAGUGGGCGUGCCAACCAGCCAGCAGCUCAUAGAGUGGUCCUUCAUCAACAGUGACCUCAAAUUUGCUGAGGCUCCUUCCUGCCUUAUCAUCCAGAUGCCUCGCUUUGGGAAGGACUUCAAGAUGUUCAACAAGAUCUUCCCCUCACUAGAGUUAGACAUCACAGACUUACUUGAAGACACUCCCAGGGAGUGUCGAAUCUGCGGGGGUCUGGCUCUGUAUGAAUGCAGGGAGUGCUACGAGGAUGGUGACAUCACUGCCGGGAAGAUAAAACAGUUCUGUGAAAAGUGCAAUACACAGGUUCACCUCCACCCGAGGAGGAAGGCCCAUCGCCACGGCAAGUUGUCCGUCCCCAAGGAACUGCAGGAGGGUGUGUGGCGGCAGGGUAGCUACCCUCGCCAGCGGAUGGAGCUGUUCGCCGUGCUCUGCAUCGAGACCAGUCACUACGUGGCCUUCGUCAAGUACGGCCACCAAGACUCUGCAUGGCUCUUCUUCGACAGUAUGGCCGACCGCGACGGAGGGCAGAAUGGCUUCAACAUCCCCCAGGUGUCUCCAUGUCCGGAGGUGGGGGCCUAUCUGAAGAUGACCCCUGAGGAGCUGCACGCCCUGGACCCCAAGAGCAUCCAGGGCCAGGCCCGCCGUCUGCUGUGUGACGCCUACAUGUGCAUGUACCAGAGCCCCACCAUGAGCCUGUACAAGUAGAGCCCCCGGGGCAAGAGACUCCCAGACAGACAGACGGGAGAGCUGCAGUCCAGAGCUCUCUCCCUGUGUCCCCACCACCUCCUCAAUGCCUGCCCCUGUCUCCUCAGUCUACUCUGCCCAAAGUGAAGAGACCUUAAAAGAGAAAAGCUUAUUUGCACUGUGCAUUUGUUGAAGUGUUGUUCUUCUUGUUUUCCCUCUGUGGUGAACAACAAAACAAGCUGAUCUUGACGUCAGUAGCUUCCCUGUGCCUCGUAGCUGAGUGGUGGGGGACGGCGGUCGAUGGAGACACGAGAAGCCCGCUGAAUAUUAUUCUCUUCCUGUGGAGAGGAAGAGGAGAGAGAGAGAGAGAGAGA